UGUUUCGUUCUCCUUGGUUUAGAUGGAACAUUUUCCUUCCCGGUCGCAGUACGCUUUGAAAGUUGUGAGGCUGCAGUCACCCUUUCUGAAAGUUGAAGAUGAGAGCCGGCAGCUCCGUCCCCUCCUUCAGCAGUUCAAGAACUUCCCUGAAUUGUAUUUCCUGGCACUACGAAGACACAGCCCAUUUGACCCUCCACGAUCCCCUGCCAUCACAGAAGCACCUGGAGGCCAGCCCGUCCACAGCGAUCCGUCCUCUGAUUACUGUCGAGUCCCCAAAAGGCAGAGAGGCUACUGCGAGUGUUGUGAAGAAGCCUUUGCUGAAUUGCAAACACACCUUCAGAGCCCUCGGCAUACAGCAUUUAGUCUGGAUGCCUCCCACUACGCUCUGGUGGACAACCUCAUCUCCCAAAUGACCAACGAUUUCGCAGUGCCCUCUUGGUUGUCGCCGACACUGAGGGUGCCUCCACCUGCUUAUGGUGACCUUUUUGGAUUUCAAGAGGACAUUUUGGAGAGAGCCGAUGCAUCUGGCCAACCUGAGAGAUACUGUGUUUCUAGUGAGGGCUCAGUGGCACAGCCUGUGAGCACAGGGAGUUCGCCCCACUUGCUUGAGGACCAAAGCUCUUUCCAGCAGAUCAAACUCCCACAGGAGACACUCAGCACCGCAGCACCGCUCACCUCACAAUCCUUGCAGUCUCCAUCCGGCUGGGCUGGUGGCAGCAGCUGUGCCGAGCACCAUGGAAGAGGAGGAGGGAUUGAAGACGCUCCUCUGAAGACUGCAGCCUCCCCUGAUGUUGGAUAUUGGCCUACCUCACAGCAAAAGCAGCUCUGGACACCCCCCACCAUCCUGCCCCUACCGCCUCGUAAACGCAAGCUCUCAUACAGCCCACGUGGGCAGGCCAAGAAGAGGCCUGCGGUGACCACAAAGUCACCAAGCCAGCUGCUGCCAGACACAAACACAGUCCAUAGGAUCCCUGUUGUUGGUGCAACAGAACUCUCCUUUUCUCAUGAGUGCAGCACCCAGACAAAUCCAGGACACCUCCAGCUGCCUGCAGUUCCAGUUGUCAACCCCCAACGUCUUCAUGCCCCUACUCAAUUCCCUCAGGAAGGGUCCUCUUGGCUCCCUCAAGAAUGCUCUGUUAAGGACACCGGCUGCCUCAAUGGGCCAGUGCAGCAGCUGGAACAUAAGGAGGGGCCUGCUGUCUGUCCCAGCGAGGAACAGCACGCAUGGACUCCUUGCAAAUUCCUUAGUAUGGAUGCUGAAAUGAGCAUGUCCGGCUUCCCUGUGGGCAAGAGCAUGCCCUCACAGCUGCUUGGUUCUGAGGUCCAGCCAUGUUCUCGUGGCAUCGCCCCCUCUGAGUUUGUUCAGGUGGUAGAGCGGUUAGGCCCAGGCCAGCCUCCCCUUUCCUGCUCUGAGGAAUCCUCUUCCUCAGAGUCAGAAUGGGACAGGCCACUUCUGUGUGCUCUGGAAGGUGCCUCCCGUCUCCCUUUUGAGCGCCCCAUAGAUUCUGCACUGCUGGGGACCUGCAUCAGCAUGCGGGACAGUGGCUAUGAAUCUCACCUUUCUUCUGUGCUCUGGCAGACCCUGGAGCAGCAUGAGGCAUGCAAGAGAGACUCAAAUGGCAGCCACAGCCACAUGGAGGUUGCACCAACUCCCUUUGGGGCCUGCCUGGACAGGCUAGGCCCUUUUUUAGAAAUGAACAUACCCUCUCCCCGACUCUCCUGGCUGCCUCCACCACUUAAGUAAUGUACCCCUGGCACCAGGGUACUCUCUGGAUCCCCUCUUUCCCUGGGGUGGGGGAGGCGGGGGAGUCCAGCCAGUGGCCAAGGACAGCAUUUGCAGCACUCGGCUCUUCCUUCAGGUGAGAGAAGGUCAGCCUGGUGAGGGUGUGUGUGACCCUCUGGUCCAAAAAAAAGCCAGGGUGAGAUUUGCAGUCACCCUCUGCCUCCUCACCUGCUUCCCACUGAUGGGUGGGAAGGGCACAGUUGCCAGGUAGCAGCCCCGGCUGUUACUUGAAUAUGAUUUUCCUCCCACCACCUUUUCUGUUUUCUGCCAAAUGCCCCCCUCCCACACGCUCAUUCAUAGACAAAUGAAUUAUUUUUAACUGCUCUUUUUAAAAAUAAAUUUCUAAGCUUCAA